CUGGAAAAUUUUUGCAGACUGGCAGCCUCGCGCUCUCGCCGUUCGUGUGUCAGUCGAGGUGCGUUUUCCUACGGGACAAGUCGAGAAAGUCUAGAACCGGUUCGGUCCGCAGUUCGAUACUCGGUGUUUCUCUGUCCAGAUCUGUAUCUACACAGCCACCCACCUUGAUGGGUGGUGGCAGCUAAUAUCUCUCUGAAGGGACCACGACACACUCCACCAUCAUCCCCAUUGUCGUCGUCAUCGUCGUCGUCUGUCUGUUUGGGGACUUAUUGGAAACUGCUGUUGCCCUCCUCGCGUCCGUCUGGGAGGGGUGCGCCGUCGUCGUCGUUAUUGUUGCUGGCUGUUGUUAAUAUCGCUGGGGGAUUGGAAGCAAUACAGUGUGGAAGGGGGUCCUGUGUUGGUUUAUCUUCGAACAAUCUAGCCGUCGUCUUUUGGGCCAGUGUGCUUUGCUUACCUCAGUUAAGAAUUUUGUGGCUAUGAAGGUGGCUUGAGUUUGGGAAAAUUUCAGUGGAUCAGAUUGCAUCUCGGAUAUAUUUUUUCAAGAGGUUCUUUUCUCGACGUGGAAAUUCAUACCGUCAGUCAGUGGAAACAGUGGAGUGGGUCCGUGUCUCGAGUGGUCGUUCGGCGUCGUCAUCGCAGAUGUUGUCCAGGGCGCAGGGGCCAUUUGGCGUAAAGUGAGCAGCACUCGGGUGGAUCUGAUUUCCUCCAUGGAGUGAAAAGUGCACAGUUUAAUAAAGUGGAAAAUCGGAAAAUUGCACCAGCAUCUUGAUGGUGUGUCAGCCCGGGCCAUCGAGAAGUGCCGUGUGUCGUGUGUGAGCUAGAAGACCGAAAGAAGAGAAAGGUGAUUUUUCAUAUUUUCUGCUCUUGCCUUGCUGCUGCUACUACUCUCCGGAAGAAGAUAUCGACAUCUCGGGUGCAUCUGGAAGGAAAUUCCCUGCCGAGAAAAACACGUCCCGAAGAAAAAUAACAGAAUCAAACCCAAUCAAGUGGAAAUUUAUCGAAAGUGGAUAAAACAGCAUGGGUUCUGUCGUGAAGCAGAACGAGUAAAAUCUACCUUGGUAAUAUUCCUCAUUUAUGGACUACACCACGAAAAGUGACGAUCCCAUCGCUACUCAAUUGGAACAUAUAUUUUAAUAGUUAUCCCAAGGAAAAUAAAGUGAUUCCCAGUGAACAAAAAGCAACUCACAUUGACCGACUGCUGAAUCAGCUCAUUAUUCAUUGAGGAUAUGAAGUCGAAGCAACAGUACCAUACUCACCAUUAGUGGCGGUCCGGAGCCUGAGCCUGCUGACGUCAAGGAUAAAAAAGAAAGAAAAAACUUCACCGGCAAACCACCUAUAAACUUCUCCUUCAAAAGGGCCCACCCGUCACGUGAAGACACGAGGUAGCUGUGUGUAACAAGUUCUGCAAGAGUUGUGACACGUGCAACACCGGCAGCAACCGGGUGCUACACCGUGUACGUGCACUGCUUGGGGAAUAACUCGUCCGAAAGUGCCGCAGUUUUAGGUUAGUGUCCAAUACACCGCGGCAGCGGCGGCAGUUCGACGCGCUGGCGGUAGUGCUCCGUAAGCCAUAAAGAAGCAACAGUGCAGCUCCAGUUGAGCUAAAGCGCUCGUAAAACAACCCACCUAUCAUCGUUGGACGGUCAACGCGCGGUGAGAAAGCAAGCCGGAUCGAAAGCACCGAAAAAAAAGUGGGAUUCAGUAGCUUGGAUUGCACAGAGACGUGAUAGUAGUUUCAGCGAAGAAAUAAAAAAAAAUCCACCAGAAACUCAACCCAGAUCGUGAUUUUGGCGCAGGUCGUGCACCAGAUGUGGUCGGUCAGCAGAGUUUGUGAUUGGUGAAAAUUUUGUUACGCGUGCUGAUUGUAAAAGAAAAACAAGUGUCCAGCCGUGCUGUCCGUUGAGUGACUAGUUCGAUUAGAAGAAAAUCCUAGCCGAAUCGCAGCUGCCGUCCGUCAUCACAUGGAAUAAACAACAGCAGUUUGCGAGGUGAAAAGUUGUGCACCGGAUCGAUCGGAAACAGUGUUUGGCUGAGUCGGAGAAAGUGCGAACCACGUGCACACCAUCGUCGGCGAGUCCGGUUCCACGUGUCUCCGAGUUCCUAGUUAGUGACUGCGCUGCCUCCAGACGAGGCAAUUUAUAAAUAAAUCGAAGAAUUUGUUGAUUACGGACAGCAGUGGCAGUGGCGACGACGUGCUGUGAGUGAGUGAGAAAGAAGAAAUUUGAGCAACCAUGUCGGCUGGAAAUGGAUUGGCGAUCAUUGGCGGUUCUGCCAGUUGGAGACGCUUCCCCGUGGAUUAAAUGGGACGAUGCCCAUCGUAGUGCACUCUAACAACAAUUCUACACUCAAAGUACGGUGAUGGGUCAUUUUCGCCAUCAGCACCAUCACCGGGAUCACUGCUGCUAUCACUUCUGCCGCCGGUCCAAGCCAUGGCUGCUAGCGCUCGCUGUCCUCCAGCUAACAUUCCACCUCUGCUCUGGGCAUGCUUUCGAACAGCAGCAGCUCAUCCAGGCCGACUCAUCGGACGUGGUGGAAGCAACCACGACUGCCGCCGUUGGCUCAGUCACUCUUCCACCGUGUGAGCCCAAAGUGCUGGAAGACCUGCCGCCGGAUCCGUUCUACGACGUGUCCGAUCUGACCAUCCAAGCCGCCAAGACGUUUGCCGACUUCCUAGCCGCCAAGCGGAUCGAUACCAGCAAAGAUGACCGGAAGCUAAGCGUGGCCCGGGAAAAGGCCAACGAGCUGGCCAGCUAUGUGCUCAAGGAGGACAGCGGCCUGCUGGCCGUCGGCAUCGCUUCGCCUCGGCUUCCGCUGGCAGUGGUGCAGUUCCGGGACAAAAUCGAUGCCGCCCAUGCCAAUCUGUCGGAGAGUAAAACCUUUCUGUCGACGUACUGGCGCGAACUGGGCGCAGCGUGGAACCAGAGCAAUGGGGCCCAGUUUUGGGGUGCGCCCUUCCGAGACUGUGGCCCCCUGUACGGACGAUGGUUGUGGCCUUUCAGCGUGACGGUCGAAUCGCAAGGAUACAAAAUCGUCGCAUCCGCGUUCAUAGCGGCCGACGUGGACCAGUGCAACGAUGCCCUCGAGGGAAUAUUCGGCCGGCGACACAUCUGCGACCGGGAGUCCACCUUUUGUCUGAUGUCGGACACGGCGGAAUCGACGGAUACCGGCGGUGUCACCUCCGCGAGCCGGGGGAAAUACACCUGUGUGUGUCGCGUCGGGUACUACAUUCCGAACGAAUCCUUCCAGGGAUUCACCUCCGACAAGAACGAUGCCAACGUUACGAACUUUAGCUGCAUUCCAUGCCCGAGUGCGUGCGAGUGCAACUGGGCCGGCAGCUGUAGCCGUCCGGACGAGGACUUCAGUACGGAAACGCUGAUGAAGGCCACCAUCGGUGCUAUUUUGGGAGCGUGUAUGCUUUGUUGUUUAGUGUUAGCGUUAAUAGUGUUCCGUCAACGAAAGUGCAAGACCAUUGCCACGGGGAUGUGGACCAUUUUAGAAACAAUUUUAUUGGGCAUUUUACUUUUGUAUCUAGCGGUUGCCCUUCACUUCCUGCAGGCGUCGACGUUGCGCUGCCUGCUGGAGCCCUGGUGCCGCGAGCUGGGCUUCAUCAUCUGUUACGGUGCAAUCGUGCUCAAGCUUUACCGCCACCUGGUCGAGUUUCGCACCAGGAAAGCUCAUCGUUGGGUUGUGAGAGAUUUAGAUCUGCUACGUUAUCUGUGCGCAAUGUGCGUGGCGGUGCUGUGCUACCUGGCCGCAUUCACCGCCACCAGCAUGGACUUCCUGCGGUACAGCGAGUUGGUGUGGAAGGUGGAGAACACCGACGACCAGGUCACGUCCAACAUGUGCCGACCGCUCAAGUGGGACUACGUGACCGAGGCCGGCGAGCUGCUCAUACUGGGGUUCGGGCUGCAGCUGGCCAUCGCCAGCCGCAAUGCCAAUACUCAAUUUCGGGAACGUCAGUUCCUCGUCGCAUCUAUCCUAAUCGAAUUCCUCGCAUCAUCCACGUUCUACAUUCUACGGUUUUGGUAUCUGGGAGAGUUUAACCCAUCGACACUAUUCCUCGCACUGUUCAUUCGAUCUCAGCUGACCAAUACAGUCACUCUUGCACUGAUAUUCCUGCCUAAACUGUGGUACCAGCAUAAACAGCCCUCCUUCCAGGUUCGUUCCCUUGCCCAUGAAGUAUCAUUCCGCUUACCUGUGGAUGCUUUCAAGGGCGCACACGACAGUUCCCACCAUGGCGGCGGCCUCGGCACCUAUGCCGGCAUCUGCGUCGGCGAUCCGGAGGUCGGCGACGUCACCAUCUCCGAGAUGAGCCCCGAGGACAUCCGUGCCGAACUGAAAAGACUGUACACACAACUAGAAUAUUUAAAGAAUAAGACACUCCGACAAGACAAUCCACACAUUAGCAAACGAAGAGGAGGCCGCAAGGUGGCACAUCGUAGAUUCUCGUUACAGAAAAAAGGAAGCCGAGAAAAGGCACUAAGCGCCAAACAUCGCAACAAUCGUCCAGCGGUCAGCGAAGUGGAAGUGACCGAAGCGGAACCGUCCCGCACACCGGAGGACUCGGUGUGCAGCGUGGAGGGCCCAACCGACACCGGUACGAUGACCGGAGCGGAAAUCUCGGGCGUCUCCAGCUCGAAAUAGCCAUCAACCACCAGUGGCAGCGGCAACCACCCUCCUGUACAACAACAACAACAACAUAAUCAUCAUCAUCAUCAUCAGCGCAACAACAGCAAUUCAAAUCAUCAUCACCUCCAGCAGCUGCAACAGUCGUCGCUGUCGUCAUCGCAUAAGUCACGUUACCGAGAGUACAAUUUUUAAUGCAACCCAGCAGCAGCAAAUCAUCAGGAAACAUCGGAUUUUUUUUUUUUUUUUGUGGGACCGCUUGCGUUGGAACCCUGCCAGAAACACGGAC